UCAUCAAUCGAAGUCAACGCUCAUAAUUCUGACAAACCCAUUUCCACAAACCCACCAAAAUGGAGUUCAACAAUUCCUUAUCUCCAAAAACCAUCCCUGUUUUCUCAACAUUUGCUUCACCAUUCGACAAGUCUUCUCCAGACCCCAAAGCCAACAAAAAGCCCAUAAGUUUAUGGCCUGGAAUGUACCAUUCACCUGUCACAAAUGCUUUGUGGGAAGCAAGGUCUCAAAUUUUUGAAACACUCCUUGACCCACCAAAAGAUGCUCCCCCACAAAGUGAAUUGCUCACCAAAACUCCUUCACAAAGCAGGACCAGUAUUUUGUAUAACUUCUCUAGUGAUUAUACUUUAAGAGAGCAAUAUAGAGAUCCUUGGAAUGAGGUCAGGAUUGGGAUGUUGCUUGAGGAUCUUGAUGCUUUGGCCGGUACCAUUUCGGUUAAGCAUUGCUCCAAUGAUGAUAGCAUCACAAGGCCGCUUUUAGUGGUUACUGCUUCAGUUGACAAGAUUGUACUGAAGAAGCCGAUUAGUGUUGACUUCGAUCUGAAAAUAGUUGGUACUGUCAUAUGGGUUGGUCGGUCAUCGAUUGAAAUUCAGCUUGAUGUCAUUCAGUCCACAAAAGGUAGUUAA